GGAAUGCUGAUUGAAGGGCCCCCAGGAAGAGAAGGACCAUCUGGCAGUCCUGGGCGCACUGGACCCCCAGGACCUCCAGGUCCAGUCGGUGAUCCAGGGCUGAGGGGACCCCGUGGACGAUCUGGGCUGCCUGGGGCUGAUGGCUUACCGGGACCUCCAGGGACCAUGCUCAUGCUGCCGUUCCGGUUCACGGGUGGUGGCAGUGCGGGAGAGAAGGGACCGAUGCUGUCUGCUCAGGAAGCUCAAGCCCAGGCAAUAUUACAGCAGGCCAGGGUGAGAUUGAGAGGACCACCUGGAUACCUCGGGAUCAAAGGUGAAAUGGGAGACAUUGGGCCUCAGGGUCGAGCUGGAGCUGAUGGAUCGAGGGGAAUGCCAGGCCCACCUGGGAGGAAGGGAGACCGAGGAUUUGAUGGACUCCCUGGGCUUCCGGGUGAGAAGGGAAACAGA